AUAUAGUAUGUUAAAUAUCAGAUAUGUUUUAUGUUUGCAAUUGCAGUAGGAUGGAUAAUAUUGAGUAAAUUAAAAUGUUGCAAUUUAACUAAUAAAAAAUUAAACUCAAUAAUAUAUUAUCUGUGUAUUCUCAUUUUUUACUUUAUACUUGCUUUUAAUUAAGCUUUUAGUUUCAUUGGAGAUACAAAUUAACUUUUCAUUGAUAUUUUUAGGUGAAAAAUUUUUAUUUUUUUUUAACUUGUUUUAUAUAAACUUAUUAUUUUUAAAAUGUUUAAUCCUUAAAUAUAAUUGUAUAUUAAUCUAAAAAUCACCGAUGUUUUCUUUUUAUUCUUUUUAGCUAUGUCGCAACUAGGUAUGGGAUUAGGGGUUGUAAUGUUAUGAAAAUGAUUCUAUAAAUUCUAGUAGUUAUUGAUUUUUUUUUUCAUCAAGUUGUUAUAAUUUUUAUUCAUUAUAACAUUCUACUUGCAAGGUUUUUUUUUUAAUUAGAUUUCCCAAUUUUUUAGAUUUAAGUAUGUGUAAUAUUAUUAUAAUACGUUUUUGGAAUUUCAAAAAAUAAAGAAUUAAUUCUUUUGGUAUUACUAUUUUACUACUAUUUGUUAUGUUAGUAGAUAGCGCCGAUGUGCUUUUGAUAUUUAAAAAGUGGUGGGGGAUACACAUUGUACGUGUGUUAUUGUUUUUCGUCAUGACCACAACGGUUUCUUAUCAUUGGCCUCGUAGUGUGUCGUAUGUAUGUGUGCACGCCCGAUUGUAUGUGACAAAAAUCAAAUACCAAAAGGGUUAAUUGUUACUGUUAUCAAACUCAAUUUAUUGCAUUAAAAAUUUUUAACCCACUACUUCAUUUUAACGUACUGGCGUGCUCUAACUGUAGUCUAAAUGUCUUGUUUGGCAGUUUUAACUAAAUGACAGUCUUUUGGAAUUCACAUAAUCGUAGUGAAUGCGUUUUGGAAUGACCAUUAACCAAGUAUUAUAGCUUUUGUUUGUUGUUCAUUUGAGGAGUGAUGUUAAACAGUUUAAGAGAUGGUCAAAUAAGUUACGAAAACUCAAGUUGCCCAUCUGCACACAUUCCUCCUCAUAAUGUCGUCACCCCUAUUCAAAACUCACUUUUACCAACAGAACCCAGUGCAUCUUUGGCGCACUCAUGGAGUUCAAAUCAUCGAUUCGAACAAUUGUAUGGCUUUCAUUCUAGAUAUUAUAAUCUUGAUUAUCCAGCCCCUUAUUCACCAGCAACUAAUCAAUACACGACAUCAGAAAUGUAUGGACAGUCUUCGCAAUGCUGUCAACCAUGUUGUAGAAUACGAACUCAAAACAUUUCUAAAAGAUCGCCACCUCAAGUUAUGUACAACACUAAUAGACCUCCAGUACCACAAGUAAAUCGAUCAUACAAACAAAAAAAAACAUCAAAACCUUGUAAUGAACAGUUCCUACCCUAUAUUCCAAACGAAUUGCCUAUAAAAUAUAAUACGCAAAAUUGUUACCAAGAAAAAUAUAAUAACUCUUAUAUAAGUAAUUCUAGUUAUUGUCCCCCCACUCAUUCAAAUAGUAACUUAUGGAUUUCUCCACAUAAUUCUAAUACAAAUUGGUCUGACAGACUGCAUUCAAAUAAUCGUUACUCUGGUGUUCAAAGCGAUUAUGACAGAGAAAAAAAUUACCAAAAACUAUCUACAAAUUACCAAAGUGUUUCAAACCCAGCUGGUGUAUCAUCGCACCAUAAACCUUAUAAUUAUGUUAUGCCACCACCAUCUAUGCAUAAUGUACAUAAUUACAGGUCACCUUAUUAUCAUAAUGCAUUUAAAAAUAACGUAUCAGAUUAUAAAACUCAAUCCAACUGUGGCCGAGUCCCUUUACCAACCCAAAAUAAUCAAGUUGCAUCAAAUAUACAACAGUAUUAUAAUAAUCAACCACUAUAUCAAGAAUUUCUAAAAUCAAAUGAACCAAGUAAAACAGAUAAUAUAGGAUCAUCUAACUCAUUAAAAAGUAAUUUAAAUGUGCGUGAAUUUUUAGCUACAUGGGACGAAGGAGAAGAUGACAACUGUGAAAAGUCAUUAGAAUCUACACCUCCCAUUGUAGUAUUGGACUGUAUGCCGUUAGAAGGCGAUGCUUUAGCGAAAGUUCAAGAAAAAUUAAAUGUUGUAACUUAUGAAAAUCUUGAAAAAGUUUUAAAAGAGAAUCCAAAUUCAUUAAUUCUUAAUUCAGAACCCGAUAAAAUUGAUUUAGCUUCGAAAAUCCCUAAAAACUCUAAAUCUAAUUUUGAACCGAUCGAUUAUACUAAACGUGAAACUGGAAUUAUUAAACCUUUUAAUACGGAACAAAAAGACGAAUCGGAGUUACUAAGGUCUUCAGAAAAAAAUUAUUCAAAUGCAAAUUUUGAUCGUAAAUCCUCUGGCUAUGGAAAAAAAAACACUGGAGUUUGUUCAACAGAAAUAAUUGAAAGAUUAGCUGAAAGAAUUUUCAACAAAAACAAAUCUUUGAGUGAAACGAAUUCUUUCGAAUCAGAGUCGUAUUCAAAUCAAAAUACUCAACCUAGUCGAACUAAUGAUAACACUUCAAGAUAUUCGUCUCAUUUAAAUCAAAAUCAGCAAAUGUUUUACUAUCAACAACGUUAUGAUAAAUAUAAUGAACCCAAUCCUUAUACUAAAAAUGAUUACUUAAAUCAAUCAACUAGAAUUCAACCGUCAAUUUCACAUGAAAAUAAUAAACUUCCUAUUAUAAAAUAUUCCAACACUUCAUGUAUUGUUGAAAAUGAAAGUCGGAAAUGGUCUAAUUUUAACCAUGGCAAUCCCGAAGCAAAUACUUGGGAUAUAAAUCAAAGUCCUCAAGAACCUCAUAUGUCACAUUAUGAUCACAGUGUUAUAGCUAAACCGCUUGAUUUUUCUGCUUUAACAGAUGAACAUAAAAAUAAUCCUUACACUUAUGACAAAAAUAUAGAUGAAAAUAGAACCAACCAGUUUAAUAAGGUAAAUGAUAUCGGCUAUACUCCAUCACCUACAUUAGGUCAACACAUUUUAGAAACUAGAAUUGAUUCUACUAAUAGAAAUUUUCCAGUCAUCGUUUCCUCACAUAUUACCAGACAAGAGUAUAAUGGAUUUCAUGAAAGUGUAAUACAGAGAACGGGCUGCGACAAAAAUAGAAAUGAAAAAGUUGCUGUGCAUUCAGAGUACGAAAACUUAAAUUGGAAUUUAACAAAUGAUCUUAAUAUUACAAAAAAUAAUAACAAUUCAUUUGAAGAAUCAUCGUGUUAUUAUGAAAAAAAUAAUUAUAAUAAUGUUUUAAACAACAUGAGUCCAAAUAAAAAUUGUCCAAUUCAACAAUGGAAAAAUAACCAAUAUGAAAUAGAUAUGAAUGUAAAAUCUAAACCUAAUUCUAGUCAAGAUUCGUUUUUUGAUGGCUGGAAUUACAUUGAUACUUAUGGUAACUCAGUAAAUAUUGAUAAAAAAGAUAACGAACAAGGAAAUAGAUUAUUUUCUAAUCAAAACAUGGCUUUUACUGAAGCUAAUCAAUAUAAAUGUAACCCUGAAAAUGAAAAUAGAAUGUCGCAUUCAAAUGAACCCUAUUCAGAGCACAAUCAAAUAAUGUCUAAUGAGUGUUCUAGAGAUGUUUUUAAUUUAAAUAAUCAGAUACCCGAUUUUAAUGAUAGUUUUGAAUUACUUGUAACCCCUGAACAAUCUGAUUAUUUACAUCAAAAAAAUUCUGAAAAUAAUGAACACCGAGCUGAUGGUUCUAUAUUUGAACAAAUAACUGAUCCAAAGUCUAUAUCUACAAUUGAUCUAACAAAAUCAAAAAAUGAUCAACUUCAUAAAUUUGAUUCGGUUGGAUUACCUAGUUUCAAAGACAAAGAACCUCUGGCUCCAAUGGCCAUGCCUCAAAAACUUAACGUUGUAAAACCAAUAUUACGGGAUCCUAGUCAAAUGUACACAGUCAUUAAACAAAAAAAACUUAUUACUUCUAAUAAUGAUAAUACUAAUAACAACAAAUUAGAAAAUGCAACAAGAGUAAAUUCAUCAAAUCAUUUAAACCACUCGGAUAUAAUGGCUAAAUUAAAAAGUAAUAUUAUGGCCAACCAUUAUGAUAUGUGGUCGGAAAAGUAUGUAUUUAAAGAUAAUUCUGCCGGUAAUGGAAAUUCUGUUGCUCAAUGUGACAUCCAAAAUGCACAACCUAAAAAUAAUCAGCAAGAAAUUUUAGAAACUAAUAUAAUUUUGGAACAUCAACAAAAUAAGGAAAGUGUAACAUUAUUAGAAAAUGUAGACCCCUCGAAUAUAACUGAAAAAAAAAAUAUUGAGACAGAGAAAAAUUCAUCAAGUGACUUCUUGAAUUGCUGUGUCAAUAAUACCAAAGGCAGCAAUCAAAGAUAUCGUGAAGCAUUAGAUGAAUUUGACACAUCCUUUGGAUUUGAUAUUCACUGUAGCAGUACAAGAACUACUGAAUCUUUCCAUGAAGAUAUUGUAGAUAAGUGUUUAGAGGAAAGAGUAAACGACCAAAUUGGCAAAGAUAAUGUAGACAGUUUGGAUUCUUCUAAUAAUACUUCUGUAAAUGAAAUGCACUCUUCAAAUAAUAUUACUCAGUCAUCAUUUAAUAAUGAAUAUCAACCGAAUUAUUUGAUUAAACAAAUUUUAAAUAGUGAAAUUAAAUUAAGUCCUGCGAAUACUCAAAUAUCUGAUAGUAAAAAAACUGAGGGUUUGAUUAAUUUUGACUACCAAGUAGAAAUUCGAAGUAAUCUUGAUCUAAUUGCUGACAAAGUUACACAAAGUAUUCUUAAUGAUGUGUCUACAGUAAUACAGCCUGAAUUAAACAUUAAAACUAAUGAAAGUUACAACUUAGAUAACAGUUUAAUCAAGAGUGAUGAUAGUAAAAUUGAUGAUUCUUUUGUGUCUAAGGACGAUAAUAGUAAUAUAUUGAAGUUUUCAACUCCGUCAUCGAGUCCAUUGUUGCUAAUUGACACAAAUUUGAAUUGUAAAUUAGACAAUUACCAAAAUAAUUAUUGUAAAUCUAAUAAUUUAGAUCAACAUUCUGAAAUUAAUAAAGUAAUUACUGAUCCCAAAUUGAGUUUAAAAUCAAAUGAUAAUUCUAAUAAAAAUGAAGUUUCCGUUAGUUUUGAAUCGUCAAAUAAAGAUUGUGGUUCAAAAACUGAUGAUAGUUGUAAUAAAUCGAAAGAAGACGAAGCAGGCAUAUCAAAAAAUGAUAUUAAAGUUAUAAGUAUAGAAAGUGAAAACGGAGGUAUUAUUGAAAUACAUGAAUUCCUACAAAGUAAAAAUAAUAAUCAGAGUCAUGAAUCGUCUUCAAUCAACAGCUUUCCUUAUAAUACAAAGAAAACUGCUGAAUUUAUCCCUUCGUAUAAACAAAAUGACACUAUUGAAAUUGUUGAUAAUAAAUCAGAUGAGAUAGUAAAAAAAAAAUCUGAAAUUGAAUCUGACGAUAAAACAGAUAUUAUAAAUUUACAGAAUAUUAAUCAAAAUAAUUUGGAAAUAAUUGAUUUAACUGAUAUAACUAAGGUUUCUAGUGACCCGGAGGAAAUAAAUAGUAACGAUAGUUUAGAAAUUAUAUAUCCAUACGAAUCUUUAAGUUCAUCCAGUUUAAGGAAAACGGAUCUGAUUGAAGUAUGUAACGACAACAAGAAAUUUAAGAAAAUAAAAUUGAAUGAAAAAACUGGUAAAUUUAGUAGUAUCUCUAGUAAUGAUGAAAAUUCUAAUGAUACAAUUGUAUACAAACCAAAUGAGAUCAUUGAGUUUACCAAGUCUGAAGAUGAUAAAUAUUCAUACGAUAAUAAUCAGUUUGACGAACUUGAAGUUGAAGUUGAAAUCAAGCGGACCUUGAAUAUAAUAUAUGAAAAUCUAGAUUUAUUAAUCAUUGACAACUGUAAAAAUUUUGAUUCAGAUAAUAAUAUAAAUUAUAGAUUAGACAACAAAGGAGAAAAUGAAUUAAAUUCAACCACUACAAAUAACAGCAUUAUUGAUAAAAAAAAAACAGAUGAGAAUAAAUUAAAAAUAGUUGAUUUGUUUCCUUCAGAAAUAUCAACUAAUAUUGAUUUUGAGAAACAUGGUGAAUUAGAUUCUACUUCUAAUACUGUAUUAGAGAAUAAUAAUGAUGAACAAUUUCACUUAUUCAGAUGUAUUAAAAAUAAAAUAAAUUCCAAAUGCAAUUUAUCGAUUGAAAAAGGGAUAAAUGAACAACUCAAUGAUAAAGAAAGUUGUGAGACUGACACAAAUAACACAAUAAAUAAUGAAGAUACUAAAUCGGCAAAAACUUCUGUAGUUAAUAUUAUAAGAUCUACUCCUAACGCUGAAAUAAAAGAAAUUAUUCAUGUGGUUGAACCAUCUAAGCCAGAGGAAAUAUUUAAAACGACCCGUGGGUACAACACUUAUAGGCCUAAUGAAGUAGAAACGCCACGAAUUAAAUUUAUGUUAAAAUGUAAAAAUAUGAUAAAAAAAAACAUAUUCGACACCAAAACUGUAUUGGCUGACAAAAAAGUAGAACAACCAAUAAAUAGUGAAUUUAUAGGUCGUAAAUUCUAUAAGAAAAAGAGACCUUUAUCAUUUUCUGAAAUAGUUACAAAAAGUGAAGAAUUAAAAGACUAUAUAAUAGAGAAUGAUAAAAUUUCUCUUUGUAAUACAGAUGAUCCUGUUAUAACAACUCAAUCAAAUGGCAAAAUUUGCUUGCCUGACGUUAUUACUUAUAGUAAGGAUAAACAUUAUGAAAAUUCGCCUAUUACAGAAUGGAAUGAAGAUAAUUUAUCAAUUGUUGUAAACGAGUGCAUUAGAGAAAUAACAGACAAUCUUGAAAGUUACUACUCAGACUUAUCAACACCAGUACCAUCACCAUUGAAUGAUUUUUCUUUACCUAAUGAUGCUUCAGACAGUUCAUUGAAAGGUGGCUCUAUAGAUUAUUGGGAUAAAUCUUUAGAAAUUGAGUAUAAGAAUGUGUUGCGGAAAACUAUUUCAAAAUUCGCUAAAACUCGUGUAACUUUACGUGACAAAUGUAAUGUGAGAUGGAUAGUUCAUAGAAUUUACGAAAGUAAAAGAAGAAAGAGGAAAAGAAAAAAUAUUAAACUAAAAAAAAAUGGAUUCAAAAAAUUACUUGGUAAAUGUUCUGAAACAUAUAAAACUAUUAAUACAAUUGAUAAUAUUCCAAUAACUACUUUGAUGCCAAAUUGUAAAAUAAAGGUUCAAUUACCUUGGGGACGAAUAUUCAACCUUAAUAAUCAAAACAAUAUGAGAAAAGGGAAUAGAGAUACAAAAUUGGAAUUAGGGCCAGCUAAAGUAGAAGUACGGCUUUGUCGAACACCAAGUGAAUGGCAAGUAGCCGCAUGUCAUUCACAGGCACCAUCUAAGUCAGUAGUAAGUGUAAAACGAUUAGUGUUACGAAAAGCUUCAACUAGUCCAAGGCGACAUAGUAUUUCUUCCUCCUCGGACUCAGACUGUAGUAGUAUUAGUAGACAACUUCCAAAAAUUGUUAUAAGACGCAGCGGUCAUGACAACUAUACUAGUCACGUUAGUGGAAGUGACUUAGACAUGGAUAGGGGUGACGACAGUGACGACAACAGAGAAACUUAUCGACGAUGUUUGGUGGUUAUGAUAGAAAGAAAUCCAAAACUAGAUGAAAUGGCUCUUUCAGGAGUCAAAACUCUAAAUCUGAAACAAAUUGUUCCUAUUUCUUCUGACGAGUCUGCUGACGCUAAUACAGUGAUGGUACCGACAAAAAAAGCUCGAUAUGCGUAAUCAGGCCUCGAACCAGUGGGAAAAAAUUAAGCGGGAUAACGUUAAUAUUAUGUUACCAGUAAUAAUUUCGGACCUUGAAACGGAUUAUCAUGAUUUUUCUAUUCAAUUGUUAUAUUUUCCAAAACACAUAUUUUUGUGAUUGUUGUUCCACUAUAACAAUUUUUUUUGUUAAGUAAUAAUUUAUUUUGUAUUAUACACACACAAUCAUUAACAAAUCCUUUUUAGUCAUUAUUAUACUUUAUUUAUUGUUUUAUUUUAUUGAAAUAUUUAUUCGCUUUAUUUCGUUGGUGAUUAUAAAUUUGUUGUUGAUGUUAGAUUAUUUGUUUUAGUUUAAUUUUAAUUUUUUGUUGUUAAUUAAUAUUUUAUGGGUACAAAAAAACAUGGGCUUUACAUUGACCAAAGAUAUUUUUGAACUAGUUAAUAUAUUUGUAGUUAUUUUACGAACCAAAGCAAAAACUUAUUAAAUUUUUUAAGUAUGUUAAUUGGCAAAAUGGGUAAAAAAUGACCUUAUAUUUGAUGAUAUAUUCUUGUAAAUUUAAUUAGGAAUUAUUUUUGAUAAAAAUUAAUCAAAAUUAAUUAUAAUUUAUUUAUUAUGCUAAUAAUUUUUUAUUUUAAAAACGCCGACUAUUGAAUAUCGUACGCAUCUUCAGUUUUAAUAUUAAAAAAAGAAUGAAUUAUUUUAUUAUUGAACAUUGAUAUAAGAAAAAUCUUAAUACACUUUUGCAAUUUCUUAUAGAUGUUAACACAAUUCAUCUAUAUUAAUUUCAAUUAUAUGAUAAUAUUCGUUGGAAAAAAUAGUUCUUGUAGUUUUUUGAAAAUAAUUACAAUAUUUAUCUUUACAUAUCAUAAUAUUGUCCUCGUUAUACAAGAUGCAUCAUAAUGAAAUAUGAAAUAGUAUUUUGGCCUUCUUUUUCAUAUUUAUCAUAAUAAAUCAGUCUUUUAAAUUUUUUUUCUUUUAAUUUAUAUACCAAUUUUUAAUUUUUUCCUAGUCAGUUAAUUUAAUUGAAAUAAUGGUUUUCUUAGGAACUAGAUACAGAAACGCUCCAUUAAUAAAUAAUUGAAUGAAACAUUCCAGAAUUUAAUAUUGUUAUAAUUGACUGUGAUUUUAAAACAAACAAGUUAAAUAUAAGUUAAAAAUCAUAACGUAUUAUAAAUGAAAUUAAACAAAAAUUAAUUUAGUAGAAAUAUAUAUUUUUCUUUAUAUAUUGAUACUAUAAGUAUUAUUUUUGUUUACGCGUUUAAAAAUCGUAAAAAUAUAUUUAAUUAUAAAUAGUAUGAAUAUUUAAUUUCGCUAAGAUAUCGGUCAAUUUAAUGAAACAAUAAGCUAUCUUAAUAUACUUUUGUUAACAUUCCAAUGAUAUAUUAAUUAUGUUUUAUUUGGUAAUUAAAUAUUAUAACAAGAUUAUUUAUUUAAGAAUAUUUUAAUAUUUCGAUUAUUUAAAUAAACAUAUUAUAAAUUUGUGGUUAUGUUUGGCUUUUACUUAGUUUCGGCCUAUACCCUGAACUUAAUGUGAUCGUUUUAAAAUAUAUAUUUCUUUAUGGCCUUGUUAGACUAUUUUGUUGAAUGUUUAUAAAUUUAUAGAAUUGUUCUUCAAAAAUGUUACUUCAUAUUUUUUCAUUUAUUUUGCGUUUAUACUUGAUUAUAGAAUACACAUUAAUACAAAUUUUGUAUGAACGAGCGUUGUAAUUCUAUUUAUUAUUAAUUAUUCGAUUAGGCAAAGAUAGUAUGUUACUUUUGAACGAAUUUUUUUUCUGUUAUAUUAUUAAUUUCAAUUCAAAUUUUAUCAAUCAUAACGAGACCUUGCGUAUCGAUUUAUUGAAAAAUAAAACUUAAAACAAAUUUAUUUGCUAAAAACUAAUAAUGGAAAAACGAUUUUCUAUUAAGAUACAGGUGUACCACUAUACUAUUUGUUAAAAAGACUGAUCAUAAUACUAUCCAUAAUACUAAUACGAUCUCAAAAUUAGUACAUUAUAAUAAUUAAACAAUACUUAUAUUAUACAUAUUUCAUUUAUAAUAUUGUAUAUCUAUCUAUAUCGUAUGAAAUAUUUUAUUUACUGUAAUGUAUCAAUAAAAAAUUGUUGUAUAAUUAUUUUUUAAUUCAUUAUGUUGUGAGGUUUUAAAUAUUUAAACAUAAAUUCUAAAUAUUUUUUACUGUAAAUCUGCCACAUUACAUUUUUUGUGCCUUAAAUUGUGAGCUUAUUUCAAUAUAAAAAUUAUUAUAUAUUGCUAAAUAUUUUAUCUUUAAAAUAAUUUUAUCAAACUGACUAAGAAAUGUCUAAUCAUUUUGGUGUUGAUAUUAUUCUUGAACACGUGUGCAUUCGCCCGUUUGACAUCAUAUUUAUUAUUAAUAAAAUUGGCAGGUCUUUAUAAAAAAUAAUAUUUUUAUAUUUAUUAUUUUUGCAUUUUUGGGUAUUAUAUUUAAUUUUUUUUUUUUCAAUAUUAGUUGAAAGUAACUUUUAAGUUGUAAUUCGUGUAGGUACGAACUUGGGUUAUUCGAACAUCCUAUUUAUAUUCUAAAACAUACCAUAAUGUAUUGUACAUUUCGUUUUAUUGUAAUUUUAUUACUAUAUUAUUGUAUUUACCUAAUUUUUUAAGAAUAUUUUUCAAUUAUACACUUAAGAGUUUUGUCUUGUCAACUUCAACUACACUCGCCUCAAUUUAUCGUUAAAACAUGUAAUGUUAGAAAAUAUUGUUUAAAAAAUAAAUUUUGGUGUUUUUAUGUCACUAUUACUAUUAUUGCUGUAGCUUACACCGUUAGUUUUGGUGUUAAUAGGUAUUAUAACUUAGUUAUUGUUUUUAUUUUUUGUCAUUGGUAUUUUAUUAUUGAACACUAUUUAAUCUUGUUGUUUUGAUUUGCAAUGUGUUGUGAAAUAUACAGGGUAUGUUUAAGACAUAAA